UCAAAAUCCAGAGGACGCUUCCUGCUCACGCAGUGUCUGUCUCCCUUAGAUAAGCCCAGGCCACGCCGACUUGCUCAGGUCUCUUGAUCUCAAGCCUCACCCUCAUCCAUCUCCACCUCGUAUCUUUCUCCUUGCUUUGGUCUAGUUAAUAUCAUUCCUCUCAAUCGUAUUUUUUUUGGGCCACGUUUUCAAGCCACCCCGGCCUUCGUCGUUGGCCGGCAUUGAUAAUCCUCGCUGUCGCCCUCAGAUAUCGCUGUCAGGCCUUUCUGGGUAGGAAACAUGGAGCCAAAGUGUGGGAUCAAGAAAGAUGUCACUGAAUUAAUAGGCAACACCCCUAUGGUUUAUUUGAAUAAAAUUGUGGAUGGGUGUGUGGCUCGUAUUGCUGCUAAACUAGAGUCCAUGGAGCCCUGCUCUAGUGUCAAAGAUAGGACAGCUUUUAGCAUGAUCAAAUAUGCUGAGGAUAAAGGCAAAAUUACACCUGGAAAGACUGUUCUUGUGGAGCCUACAAGUGGUAACACUGGCGUAGGAAUGGCAUUCGUAGCAGCAUUGAAGGGCUAUAAGGUUAUAGUGGUCAUGCCAGCUUCUGUAAGUCUUGAGAGAAAAAUUGUACUUAGAGCAUUUGGAGCUGAGGUAUAUCUGACUGACCCUGCCAAAGGAAUGCCUGGGUGUCUUGAGAAAACAAACGAGCUAUUAAGCAAGAUACCUAAUAGUUAUAUGCUUCAGCAAUUUGAAAAUCCUGCCAAUCCACAGAUCCAUUAUGAGACGACGGGGCCUGAGAUUUGGAGAGAUUCAGGAGGAAAAGUUGAUGUCUUGGUUGCAGGGAUAGGAACUGGGGGGACGAUAACUGGUGCUGGGAAGUUCCUCAAGGAAAGAAACCCAGAUAUUAAGGUGUAUGGUGUAGAACCGGCUGAAACUGCAGUCCUGCGUGGAGGACAACCAGGCAAGCAUUUAAUCCAAGGAAUUGGCCCUGAUUUCAUUCCAAAUGUGCUGGACCUUAAUCUGCUUGAUGAAAUUAUUCAGAUAACAAGUGAGGAAGCCAUAGAGACUGCUAAGCUGCUUGCUUUGAAAGAAGGUUUGCUGAUGGGAAUUUCGUCUGGAGCUGCUGCUGCUGCUGCAAUAAAGUUAGGGAAGAGACCAGAAAAUGCAGGAAAGCUCAUUGUUGCGGUAUUUCCCAGCUUUGGUGAGCGUUACCUCUCAACAGCAUUAUUUGAAUCCAUUAGACAUGAGGUUGAACAAAUGACAUUUGAGUAAGCUCUGAAGUCCCAAAAGGCUGCAGCUGUGUGGCUAAAUAAAAGGUCGUAUCUGGAAUUGCAACGAUCCAAAUGGAAUUUAAAAUUAUGUAUGGCAAAUAAGUGCAGAGAUUGGCUUGCUUAUUACUUUUAGAGUUCUUAAUACUCCAUCCUUAGGGUGCAGGAAUGGAGUAGGAAUAUUUUGAUUGAUGAUAUGUAUUAAUUGUCUUUAUUUGCAAAAGAAUCAUGUAUGGAAGGAUUUCUGUAUUCCUUUGUAACGGUUGUAAUUCUCAAUCAAUAUUCUUCACAUCUGUUGUCCAAAACACAAACAAGUUGUUUUACAAUA